AUGGCCGGGGGGCCCGAGUUCCAGGACUACGCUCAGCUGGCCUUCUGGCUAGGCUGCGGCCCACUGGCAAAGCUACUGGUCGUUUUCUCGGAGCGGGCUGCCCACUCGGAUCCUCUUGCAGAGCCGACAAGGGCGGAUGCAGAGGUGAGGGCCGUGCCAAGGAUAACCAGGGAGUACAUCCUCUAUUUUGAUGUUUGGCGAUCCAUCUGUGUUGCCCUGGUAGUGAUAACCCACUCCAAUGAAGCUUAUGCAGAGUGGAACGUUUUUGCCGUCCAGCUCUGGGUCUUGCCGUACCUUGAACUCAUCUCCGGCACCUUGUGCGCUGUCAGCAAGAGAGGCGUGCUAGACUACGCCGCAAAGCUCAUGCUGUACACCUCCCUGGGCUGCCUGAUGAACCUGCUAGCAUGCUUGGCUCGCGGCAGCCCGCGCUGGUGGGAGGACACCACCAUGAAUGUCGCCUUCCAACUUGGCUUCACUUUCCAGCUCGCCCUCUUUGGCCUUCUGAUCACGCCGCUACGCUGGGAACUUUCCGAACCUGAGAAGGCAAGCAGCCGGGCGCGGUGGAACGUUGGCAUCUUCGGGACUCUUGCCCUCUGCCUUCUCCUUGCAAUCAUGACGGAAGCGCUGCUCAACGAGUCCGAGCGGGGCUUGAAGGAGGCAACGGAUUAUGUGAUCAUCCCGGUGACGGAGUGUCUCCUACACAUCCUGAUGCUCUGUGUGCUUGCAGAAUAUCUGCCGAUGAGCUGGAAGGGCUUCAUGGGCCAUGCGUCAUGGCUCUUCCUCUACAGCACCCGGCUCUGGCGCCGCCAGCCCCGACCCCUGGGCCCCGAGCUGCACCUGGGGGAGCUCUUCUUCUGGGCCUUCACCGCCAAGUUGGUGCCCAUGUUUGGUCAGGAGGCGAUCGGGCGUCUCAUGACGAAGCUCUGGCCUUUCUUGCUGGUCUGCUGCGGCCUGCUUUUGCGGCCGGGCAUCUUCGGCCGCAAGGACCAGUACCCGUGGGACUCCUGGUACGACCGGGGGCGAAUGUACCUGGGGGAGCUCAUCGCUUGCAUGGCUUUCCUCACUAUCCCCGUUGCCAACCUCCCCGACAAGCUCGCCUUCCCCCAAAGCUGGCGAAGGCACAUGGUCUGGCUAAACUGGUGGUCGCUGCUCGCAUUCAUGAGCCACAAAGCCUUUUAUAUCCUGGUGGACGGUAUCUGGCCGUGGUAUUGCAUGGUACUCACCGUCUAUGCUGCUGCCUUUCCCUGUUUCUUGGUAUGGCGGCCGCGAGAUGUUGAGGAGGCAUCGGGGCGCGCCGAAGAGAGAGGUUCAUGGACGGGCUCCCCGCGUGCAGUUGAAUUAGUGCAGGCUUCAGCCUCCUUUUCAUCAGCCAGCUAG